UCCAACGCGCUUUUUGCUUUGCUGCUUCACAGUUGCAUCUAUCCAUCGACUCCUUUUGUCGAUGCUGUGUUGCUGAGUAGAGAACAACCAAGACGGUGGUUUCCCACCACCCAACCUCACAGAUACACAUUUCUCAACUAUCUAUCCACCAUGCUUCUCCUCACCACCCUCUCCCUUCUGGCUCUAUCCCACAUAACCACCGCCCAAGACGCAAACAGCAACAAUAACGACAAUGACCUCUACCACCUCUUCGGCUCCGUGGUCUUCAUCCGCUCGGGCGAGCGCACCCCAACCUCCCUCUACACCCCGGGCCCCCAAUCCCUCACACCACUCGGAGCCCAGCAAAUGCACGCCCUCGGCGCAAACUUCCGCUCCCGCUACAUUUCCCCUUCCACGGGCUCCCCACGCACCUUUGGCGUUCAGAAAAUCCAGGAUAUCUCGCCGGACGUGCUAGUCCAGGACCAGCUCUCCAUCCAGACGCUCGAGAAACCAUAUCUCGUCGCCUCGGCGCAAGCAUUCAUGCAAGGUCUCUACCCUCCCCACUCCAAUCCAAACCAAGCUCCGGAUUCUAGCUAUACGCUGGGGAACGGGUCGACGGUUGAUUUCCCGCUGGGCGGGUACCAGUACCCCAAUGUGCAGGUCCUGGGUUCGCUGGACCCGCGCAGUAUUUAUCUCGAUGGCUUGACGAAUUGCUCUGUUGCCAAACGCGCCAAUCUCAUGUAUCAGCUCGAAGAAGAGUAUCUCCGCACCCGCUCGGCGGAGAAGGCGUUUUACGCCAAUCUUUCGUCCAUGACGUGGGCUAGUGCUGGAAUGGGUGAGGAUGAGGAGGAUGAGCAGGUGAAGGAGGCCAGGAUCGAUUAUCGCUACGCAACGCAGGUGUACGAGAACCUUUCGUACGCGUUAAACCACGAUCAAGAAACAUAUGAGUCCUUGAGCAAAGCGGCGGGGACGCAGGACGACGUGGUGACGCGAGCGCGGAUCCUGGCGGAUAAGAUGGCGUACUACACGUUCGCCAACACGACGUCGUCAACGUCCGACGACGACCACCAGGCCGUGGCCGGCAAAACACUGGCGGCGCUCAUCCUGGGCCAGCUCCAGCGCAUCGUGGAUAAACACACGCUUUCUGCCUCCGAGGUCGCGGGCGUCAACGCGCCGGAGCUCACGCUGCUGUUUGGCGACUCGGAACCCAUGACGUCGUUUUUCGAUCUCGCAAUGGUGCAGAAUUCAUCCGACAAGUUCAAGGCGGCGCCGACGUAUGGUUCCGCUAUGGUGUUUGAGCUCUUCACGCUCCGCCGCGAUCCUGCGUUCCCAACCAAAGACAACCUUUCGGAUCUGCGCGUGCGGUUCUACUUCCACAACGCCACGUCCACUUCCUCUUCCACUUCCUCUUCCUCUACAAACUCGACAGAGAGCCUAACCUCCUACUCCCUCUUCAACGACCCUUCCCCCGACACCCCCUGGCCGACCUACCAAGACAUGGUCCAACGCAUCAUGCUCAACCACGCCUCCUCAUGGUGCCAGCUCUGCGACUCCCCAGCCCUCUUCUGCGCCGGUUUCGACGGGUCCUCGUCGGCGUUCGACCAAUUCCCAAAAUCCACAGACACGCUGCUAAACGGGAAAUGGAGCACAUCGAAAGUAAGUCCCGCGGUCGCAGGCGUGAUUGGCGCCGUCGUCGCGCUCGUCGUCGCGGCGCUCGUUUUCGCGGCCGGUAUGGUGUUUGCUGGGGUUCGCGUUCAGCGCCACCCUUCUUCUUCUUCACAUCACGCUCGCUCGUUCCACUCUCCACCUUUCUUCUUCUUCGGACGCCGAGGACAAGGUCGCUUUGAUAGGAAAUACGGCGGAGACACCAAGUCCCCCUUUCCCUUUGGCGGAGCAGGAGGAUUCAAAGGCGCCGCGAAAUUGGCAUCGGAUCCUGAUCUCAGUUUACACGGUAACGCGGUGCCGCCGGCGGGAGCGGGCAUGGGCGCCGCGGUGCUGAAAGGGCACGAGCGCGUUGGCAGUUGGGAGUUGAGGCAGAAGGAAGUGGGGAGAGAGAUCAGGAUGGACGACGAGAGUCCGCGGGCGAGCUUCGACGGCAUCGACGAGGCUGUUGGUGGUGGUGGGAGGAGGGUUGAGCCUGUGGAGAGGAUUUGA